GUCUAAAAGCACUGAUGAAUGCAUAUGUAACCCAGUUCCUGUUAGGGACUCUUAUUCUGAAGGAGGAGAACGGAAUUGUCUGCGUUAGGGUCGCUGUUUUGUGUUGGGAGCGCUGGAAAUAAAGUGGAUCGCCCCGUUCGGUGAAUGGAGUUAACCGAUUCUUCUUCUAUAUAUUACCCAAGUAUAGGCAACAAUAAAACGCUCGGUUACACAUAUAUUUUUGUUUUCACAUGUUAAAGUAAUUAUCCCAUACAAAACUAAUCCUAUAUUGAUGAAAGCCCCCCCCCUUCUAACGUUUAUUAGCUCACGUUAGCCAUCAAGCUAAAGCCACAAAUAUUAUCGGAUCAAUCUUUGUACAUUCGAUUAUUAGGCAUAGAUUAGAAAACAAAAGGAGAUCGUUAAUACUUUGGAAUAACAUGGUAAUUAAUGAAACGCGCAUGCGCUUUUAAAAGACAGCGUUUACAGGAAGUGCGUCAUUAUUGCGCAUCUAGGACCCCGACUCGAUCCGGCAGCUGGUACCCCCACCGGCUCGACUCUGUGAAACUACGAAUUCGUCAUGGCUGUACCCGCCGGUAGAUCCGUGGUUUUUGUCACUGGAAAUGCCAAAAAACUUGAGGAGUGCCUGAAUACCAAGGAGAGCCAGACGAGAUUUCUAUACAGAAGUGUAAGGAGGCCGCACGUCAGAAUCCCGUCUGAGAAAGAAAACCCAGAGAGGAGGAGGUUGUGGAUAUGUGCCUUGAGACGUGACUCCGUCCCUGGGGAAAACAAACAAUGGCAACCAUCAAAGUACACGCGUCUUUGUAGCGAACAUUUCAUCAAAGGUGCCAAAUGUGACAACCCUUUGUCCCCUGACUGGGUUCCAUCCAUCUUCUCACACAUUCCAGCCACCAAGAAGAGGAAAAGGGAGAAAGACAUGGAAAGGUAUGAGCAGCACAGCAGAAUGAAGAACAAGAGGGUGGAGGAGAAAAAGAAGAAAGAUGCAGUGGAUGUCCUCCUUGACCUGUCAUCAGUACCAGAUGCUGGACCUGCGCCACCUGCUGUGGAUGAAGUGACAACAAGCCAUGCGAGGAAAACAUUGCAAGAUUACAAAGGGAGUGUAAUGACCUCAGGGAGGAAAACCGUAAGCUGAAAGACAUUAUUAAAUCAGGAACAUUUGAUGAACUGGCUUUUGAAAAAGUUGAUGAAAAAGUGAAUGCAAUGACUGGAAUCCCCACAUAUUCAAAGUUACAAGUAGUUUUAACAUUUGUGUUACCAUUUCUGCAGACUGGUACAAACCUCUCUCCCGUCCAACAACUUCUGUUAACUCUUAUGAGGCUGAAAAUGAACC